GAAAAAUGAAAUUAACUGUCAUUUUCUUGUUCGCAUUUCAAGGCAUUUUGGCUCAAAACUUUUCUAGUGACGGAUUACGAAUAAAGUGUAGCAACGAAAAAAUUAUGUACAUACGUGAUGAUUACAUAAAUCGCAUUAGGGGGAUUUUCUCAGGAGUCAAAAGUGUCAAAGACUUGAUGAAACCGCUGUUUGCCUGUACCAAAGAUAUAACAGUCUCCUUAGUACCAGUAAGGCUUGCAGUUGAAGAAGUUCAACUAACCAGUCACCAAGUAUCAAGUCAAUGCUUAGAUGACUUAGUUGCUCGAUGUGUUACUAUCCAAGAAACGCACGAGAAUCAGUUAAGGGCCAAAUGUUACAUGAAUUUAGAAGCUAACGUGAUCGGUGUUAUUAGUCUCAUUAGGGAAACCGUUUUAAACAUUGAAAAAUGCCUAAAAAGUUUAGAGGGAUGUACAUCAGCUAGAAAAUGUUGUAACCGUAUUGUAGAAGCCGUGAGUGCCUCUAAGGUUUAUGAUCAAAUGGAAAGUUUAGGACAACAAUAUGAAAACUGCGUUCGAAGUGAAUGUACGAGAAUUAAAGACGAGAUUGCAUCGAUAAGCUCUAGAAUAGUAGUUUGUUCGCAAAUGACGACAGAAGAACCUGCUACGUCAUCUGAGAAACAACAAACUGAUCUUCUUGGUGCACAAAGUGAUCAAAAUGAACUAUCUUAUGAUAUAUCAAUUGAAGCACCUCCACCAGACUCUCCCGUUUUACCUUUUGACACAACACUCACUAACAGUUCCGUAGUACAAGGAGAAACUCACGUCGCACCAACUGGUUAAUCUUUUAACUUAAUUUUUCAAUAAAAAUGGACUUAAGAUUUUUCUUUAUCUGUUAAAAUGUUACAAGAAUAUGUAUAUAUUAAUAAAGUUAAAAGA